AUCCAUGGACAAAUCAGUUGGUUUCACAGUGAAAUUCUUUAGUCUUUUUCUGAUGGGAAGCGUCUGCCAGCCGCAAAAGUUAGUGUGAAGAAAAAGUGCUUUUUGUGGAAGAAAUGGUGUCGCUGGGGCAGAAAAAGGACGGUAGUCCUAAUAUAGAGUUCUUCCAAGCUCCAGAAACACUUCAAGGAUUUGAGACAAUUCGUGCGUGGUUGCAGAAAAAUAGCAAAAAGUAUGUCCAUCAGGAUCCCCCAACGAAGGAAUCUCUGGCACAACUGGUGAUCCAGUUCAUUCAGUAUCAGGAGGCAAAGCUCGGGAAAAAUGCUGUUGAUCCGCCAACCACGAGACUCCCGAUGCGCUGUUUCCUGGACUUCAAGCCAGGCGGAGCAUUGUGUAAUAUCUUUACAGCGAUGUAUCGCUAUAAAUCUGAGCAGCGAUGGAAGAAAUUUGACUUUACCGUGACGAAGAACACUUCCAGGAAGGAUCCCAACACGCAAAUGUUGGUUGAAAUUGAGACAGCUCUGAUUGAGGCGGAAUGCCUGAGACUUCCUGUGGUGUACAUUCGACCGGAUGUAGACAAGGCCUUGGCCGCUAAAGUGAAGGAUAUUAUAAUGAAGCAUCAGGGAGAAUUGACGGAGGAUGAGGAAGAGGCAACGCAUAUAAUCUAUCCAGUUAUUGAUCCCCUGCCUGAAGAAUAUGCCCGACCGGCUUUCAAGCGAGAUAAAAAUGUCAUGAUGCAUUGGUACUACUUUCCGGAAUCCUAUGAUUCUUGGCUGCCAAACAAUUUCGAUCUGCCGGAUUUGGUGCCGGACAAUUUGCCCUCUCCGGGAGAUCGCUGGCGUGUUUGUGCUCUCUGGGUGUUGCAUCUGGAUCAGUAUAAUGAGUGGAUGGCUGAAGAGGAUUACGAAGUCGAUGAGCAGGGUAGAAAGAAAGUACAUCGUCUGCGUCUCACGGUGGAUGAUUUAAUGUGUCCUGGUAGUGAUGAUAAGGGUAGAGCACGUCAGAAGAAUCCCAAACGGAAACGCUCACCGACUCCUCCGCCAAAUCCCAAGGCUGGCAAGAGGAAGAGUGGACGAUCUCCAGCGGUGUUCCAGAAGAAAACCCGAAGUGGUGAUGGAGAUGACGAUGAAGAUCUCACACGGGAUAUGGAUGAUCCACAGCCAGAGCCCAAUAUUCAGGAGGUGCCCAAGGUUCAGCCGAAUACUUCCUCAACGGCCAGUCCGGCAACGCCAUCCAAUAAGCAGCGAGAUUCUGAAUUGUUGCCCCUAAAGGGGGGCACUGUUACCGAUUUGGAUGAGGAUAUGGAACGUGGUGAAGAUUCGCAGACGGGCAAAACCAGUGACAAUAGCAACACACAGGAGUUUCAACCCAAGGAUGAUCUCGAAGAUAAUGUCACUGAACAGACACAUCACAUAAUUGUUCCCUCAUACUCUGCCUGGUUUGACUACAAUUCCAUCCAUGUGGUCGAAAAGCGAGCCAUGUCGGAGUUUUUCAACAGCAAAAACAAGUCCAAGACACCAGAAAUCUACAUGGCCUACAGGAAUUUCAUGAUAGACACCUACAGACUCAAUCCAACUGAAUAUCUCACUAGCACAGCCUGCAGGCGCAAUUUGGCUGGAGAUGUUUGUGCUAUAAUGCGUGUUCAUGCAUUCCUGGAACAAUGGGGUUUGAUUAAUUACCAGAUAGACACAGAUUGUCGUCCAACACCAAUGGGUCCUCCACCAACAUCCCACUUCCAUGUUCUCAGUGACACUCCUUCGGGACUUCAGCCGGUCAAUGCCCAGAAAACACCUCAACCAUCAGCCUCCAAGAUGCUCUUCGAUUUGGACAAGAAACAGAAGGACAAAGAAGGCGAAACUCCAGCAGCUCUCGCAGGGACUCCCAUUAAGACAGAAGCAGGUGCAACACCAGCACCUUCAGGGGGAAUUGAACCUGGGGCUCAGUUUGGCCUGAAGCUAGAUCAAUAUGGCAAGAAACCGGCAGCGAUGCGCAAUAAAACAGCCGCUAAUAUGACAAGAGAGUGGACUGAGCAGGAAACUCUGCUUCUACUCGAGGGCUUAGAGAUGUACAAGGAUGAUUGGAAUAAGGUUUGUGAGCAUGUGGGUUCAAGGACGCAGGAUGAGUGCAUUCUCCAUUUCCUGCGAUUACCCAUUGAGGAUCCUUAUUUGGAGGAUGACAAUUGCAUCGGGCCACUGGCUUACCAGCCAAUUCCAUUUAGUAAGUCCGGAAAUCCCAUCAUGUCCACAGUGGCUUUCCUGGCGUCUGUGGUGGAUCCCAGAGUGGCAGCAGCAGCGGCUAAGGCAGCAAUGGAGGAGUUUGCAGCCAUCAAGGACGAAGUCCCAUCCUCGAUUAUGGAUGCACAUUUCAAGAAUGUGGAGAAGUCUGGAUAUGGGGGUAAAUUUGAUCCAUACGCUGGUUUGGCCAACAGUGGAAUAGCAGGAACGGCUCCUGAGAAGGAGGAAGACGAGAAACAACCAGGUGGUGAUGAGGAAAUGAAAGAUGUUUCCAAGAAAGAUGACAAAACAGAGACAAGUGCGGAGGCAUGCAAAACGAGUGAUCCGUCUACAGCGAGCGAUAAGAGUAGUGUGAAGACGGAGGCUCAACCGCCGUCAGAUAGUAUUAAUGAAAGUAAAAGUAGUGAAAAAUCUUCAGAAUCUACCCCAGCAUCACCACCAAAUCAGGUGGUUGGUGCACCGGUGGCCGGUGCACCAUCAGCUGGACCAGUGGCUAAUGGGUCGGCAGCAGGGAAGGAGAAUGGCGCCACGGAUAAACCCAAGCUGUUCAAUGAAUCCAAUGUGCAGUCAGCUGCAGCAGCGGCUCUCGCUUCGGCUGCCGUUAAGGCCAAGCAUUUGGCAGCUGUGGAGGAGAGGAAGAUCAAGAGUCUCGUGGCCCUGUUGGUGGAAACGCAGAUGAAGAAGCUGGAAAUUAAGCUACGUCAUUUUGAAGAACUAGAAACGACAAUGGAGCGAGAGAGGGAAGGCUUGGAAUAUCAGAGGCAACAAUUGAUUACCGAAAGGCAGCAAUUCCAUUUGGAACAGCUGAAAGCAGCUGAGUUCAGGGCUCGUCAGCAGGCUCAUCAUCGACUGCAGCAGGAACAGGGUCAGCAGCAGUGGCAGCAGAAUCCCAGCAAUGUUCCACCAUCAAGCGGAACACCAACACAGCAACAGCAGCAGCAGCAGCAGCAGCAGCAGCAGCAGCAGCAGCAUCAAGCUAUUGUGCCGCCAAAUCAGCCAUCAGGAGCAGCUCCUCCUGUCGCUGCACAGCCACCUGCUGCACAGGUUCCUCCACCGGCUCAAGGGCCGCCGCCGCCACAACAAACACCACCGGCGUCACAGCAGCCACCGCCUGGGUUGCCUGGGAAUGGGACACAACCAACAAUACCCAGUAGACCCUAAAGCAAUUUCUUGCAAAGCAUCAUCAACAGCAUGAAGCAUUGAAGGAGCUUCGUGCUCUGUUGUAAAUAAAUCACUUAUAGAAAUUUGUCUAAAAAAAAAAUUUCUAAUCUGGUGAGUGUCAAUUUUUAUUGAUUUGUAUUUGUUCUAACGGACGAAGGGAUUUACAAAAAAAAAAGUUUUAUAAUCUCAAAAAGAAAGUCUCUGUGAGUAGAGAAUCUUUGAAAAACAAAAAAAAAUAUCGUGAGGCAAAUUUGAGAUGAUUUUUUUACACCACAUUAAGUAGAAAAUUUAAUAGAUCUCUUGAUUUUGAUGUUAUAUUCCAAUUUCGAUAUAAUCCUUUUUAUUAUUUUGCAAAAUGAAAAAAAAACUACUCACUUUUUAGAGGUAAUAAUAAUAGUGGAUAGUGAUGAAGGGGAGGUACGAUUAGAAUUGUAAGAAGAAUAAUGAUAGUUUAAAAACGUAUUUUUUAUUUUUUAUUUCGAAUAGUUUAACUAUACUACAUGUUCACAAUGAGAAAUUAAUGGGUGAAAUUAUAUAAACUGAUGUAUUUGUGAAAUUAUUCGUAUAUAUUUAAAAUGAUGAACAAGAAUUUUAAGCUUCAGUAAAAGAAAAUUAAAUGAUAAAACUCACAUAAUUUGUGAAAUGAUAAAAAUAAAAUAAUAUAGAAA